AUGUCUAAGCUCUUCAUUGGCGGCCUUGCAUGGCACACUGAGGAAGGCACCCUCAGACAGAAGUUUGAAGAGUUCGGUGCCGUCGAAGAAGCUGUGGUUGUCAAGGACCGCGACACUGGCCGCAGCCGUGGAUUCGGUUUCGUGCGAUACCAGCAAGAGGGAGAUGCUCAGAAGGCCAUUGCCGCCAUGAACAACGUCGAGUUUGACGGACGCACUAUCCGCGUUGACAAGGCUUCCGACAACGGUCCCCGUGGUGGCGGUGGUGGUUUCGGCCGCGGCGGCUUCGGCGGUGGACGCGGAGGCUAUGGUGCGCCCCCUAUGCCCUACGGUGGCGCUCCCGGCGGAUAUCCUGUCGGCGUUCCCAACAUGUACCAGCAGCCGGCGUACGGACGCGGGUACCCCCCUCAGCAGCCCUACGGUGCUGCCCCUCCCCCCCAGGAUGGCGGCUACCCAGCCCCGGCCGGCUACGGGUACCCGGAUCCGUCUCAGCAGCCCCAGGGCGGCCGAGGUUAUUAA